CGGCGGCGCGAGCACACAUCCCGCACGUAGCCGGCGUGCUAAUCAGCGCGGGGCCAUCUGCCGCCCGCCGCGCUGGGCGGGGGCUGCCCGCGCCCUUCCCGCACGCCCCGGGGCGCUCCCGCGCACUGCUGCCCGGCCAGCGGCGCUAGCAGCAGCGCGGGGCUUCGGCAGCACCGCCGCUCCCGCAGCGCCGGGCCGCGGUGCGUAGCCGAGCCCGCAGCGGCGAAAGUUUUAGCUCGCCUCGCCUGGCCUCGCGCCGCGGCGGAGCCCCUGCCCGGCUCGGCCUGGAGCUGACGGCGGCCCCACGGGCAUCGCCUCCCAGCGCGGGCGCCGGCGGAGCAGCGGCGCGCCCGUCCCCGCCGCGCCAUGCCGCUGGGGCACAUCAUGAGGCUGGACCUGGAGAGAAUCGCCCUGGAGUACGUCGUGCCCUGCUUGCACGACAUCGGCUUCUGCUACCUGGACAACUUCUUGGGGGAGGUGGUGGGGGACUGCGUGCUGGAGCGGGUGAAGCGGAUGCACCGCGACGGGGAGCUGGCCGACGGGCAGCUGGCCGGCCCCAGCCGCGGUGUCGCCAAGCGGCACCUCCGCGGCGACCAGAUCAAGUGGAUCGGAGGCACGGAGGAGGGCUGCGAGGCCAUCAACUUUCUGCUCACGCUGAUAGACCGGCUGGUGAUGUACUGCGGGAGCCGGCUCGGCAAGUACUACGUGAAAGAGCGAUCCAAGGCUAUGGUUGCUUGCUAUCCUGGAAAUGGAACUGGGUAUGUUCGUCAUGUGGACAAUCCAAAUGGUGACGGGCGCUGCAUCACCUGUAUUUAUUACUUGAAUAAGAACUGGGACUCCAAGCUGCAUGGUGGAAUUCUUCGAAUAUUCCCAGAAGGAAAGUCCUAUGUAGCAGAUGUUGAGCCGAUUUUUGACCGAUUACUUUUUUUUUGGUCAGAUCGAAGGAACCCACAUGAAGUCCAGCCUUCUUAUGCAACCAGAUAUGCCAUGACCGUGUGGUAUUUUGAUGCUGAAGAAAGAGCAGAAGCCAAAAAGAAGUUCAGGAACUUAACCGAUGCAAGGAAGAGAGAAGCACCUCUUAAUGAAGACUAAUCAACUGUUCAUGAACUCUUUGUGAGGAAAUAAUAUCCCAAAGAUGACUACCAUUUCCAGCAACUAAGGGCAAAACAUUUUUAUGCACAAGUAUGCACUGGUCGUGUCUAGCAUGUGCAUCUUAUGCUGAUGGUACUUAAGGCAGUCUCCUGUCAUGCUGCAUCUGGUAGAAGAAAGACUUGUUUGGUCUUUGCCUUUUGCUGGAAAAAAUAACCAGGGUUUAAAAAAAAAAAGAGUAUGUGAUACUCAAGCCUAGUGGUAGUGGCUCAGCCAAUUGGUUUUUGAUCACUCUUGUAACUAAGAUAAUGGUCAUUGGAACUAGUGGUAAAAAACUGAGUCUUAUUUGCACUUUAUGGGGGAAAAAAGUUCUAGUUAAAUGGGAAGAAGCCUUGCAAGUUUAAAAUCAGUUGGCAGACUGCUGACAGGCACAGAGAGACAUUUGACAUGGGAAAUUUAAUUGGAUGUUUGUAGAGCAUUUUACAGUCUGUCCCAAAUGGACCUGUUGAUGUAUGGUUCAUCAUUUUGCUGUGCAGAACAUCGGUUCAGCUCUUCAGAAACAUGACUUCCCAGAUGUUUGUCUACACAGUCGUCACAUUUUCUGGAUUUUGUUUGCUCUUCAAGAGGCACAUUCUAGCUCUGGAGCUGUAGUGCCCUUUCUGUCCCAGGACCGAGGGGAAAGUAGUUAUGCAUCUGUUCACAACUUCAUAAAACCAUUCUUUUUUCUGUUUUAGCCGGAUGGGUUGUAUGUUUUCUAUUUUCCCAGUUUGGUAAAGCAGCUGUUUUCUCCCAAAAAUCUGGUAAACUUGAAAGGCUUAUGGCACACAAUGCAUUGGCGCUUAAGGCUAGUGAUAAUGUAGAGAAGUGUUUGCUUUGCAACUUCUCCGUCUGCUAUGUUCUGUGUGACAUAGAUAUGAAUCUGAAAGGGAAAGAUAUGUCUAACAAAUAUAUGAUAAAUAAUGGGUAACUUAGACUUGAUUUUUAUGCUGCAUAUUCUUAGUGAACAGACUUGUUUAAUUUUGCAUGCAUAUGUAAUUUGAAUGAAACUGCAAUUCUGUUUCAAUUGAUCUGUCAUGCCAGGUAACUACUACUGCUGUGCCCAGGCUGUGAGAUCAGAGUUAUUCAAUGGCAAAGCACACAUUUUUUCCUCCAUUAUUUUUUUAAACUUAUUAGACUCAAUGAGUAACUGGUGACCUAUUCCCAAUCUGUCUAAACUUCUUCAACCAGCACUUACUAUGCAGUUCAGAAUAGCUCUUUAUGAAACUGGGAUCUGGCAACGGAUGUAUUUAUCACUCACACUGAUUGUUCUCAACCUAAUACACUCACUUGCAUUUGUUUUUAUCUCAUGUUGUCAGUGUGUAUGUCAGACCCUAUUAAAUGCUCCAAAUAGAUGUCCCCUUCAGUGUCCCAUAUCUUCCUGUGCCACCUGCCUAUGGUGGUGAAGAUGGUGUGUCUGAACUGCCGGCCCCUGCACUGCUUCCCCACGCUCUGCUCUGUUGUUGUGCUGUGAUGGGCUGCACAUGACCUAGGGAAUGGAAAAGUAGUGUGCAAUGGCAGCUAUUGAAUGUCAGUGAGAGAAGGGUAACAGCUGCAUAGGACAGAAAAGAAGUAACUUUCAUGACAUAAAAAUGAUAAUAGAAAAUGGGGUAUUUUUAAAGCAGUUUUGUGUCUUAAAGAAAAGCUUAGCAUCCCUCAGCCUGCCCAUGAAUGCUGAAUGUAAGUACAGCAGUGCUAAGAAUCCCCUUAUUCUUUCUGGCUUCUCCCAGAGAUCCAGCUAUGGUCAUAUAGGCCUGACCACUUUGCACCCCAAGAGAGGAGUAUGAGGGAACAUGUGUGACUAAUAUCCUUACAACUAGAAAAAGACAAAGAAUGUGAUAAAUGUCCUUUAAUGUUAAGAAAAAACAUUAUUCUACUGCAGUUGCUUCUAAGUAACAUCAGAGACUUGAAGGAAGCUUAGUGAUAACUUGAAAUUCUCAUUCUGAAAUGUUCAUGUGGGAGGUGAAAGAGUUUGGGCUCUUCCUUGAGAGAGAGGUAAUCCUUUGAAAUGUGAGAGGUGUUGGAAAAGACAGCAUUACUAUUUAGAGAAGGUGAUGGAAUACACCUAUUCAAAGUUAAUAAUAGCACAUAAAUUUGAAACUCUUACAUGAUUUUAAAAGGAGGAAAAUCAGAGGAGAGCAAGUACUGCUUUGCCUCUAGAAACUGUAACCUUAAAAAUGAACUAGAAAACAUUGUUAGUACACAUCUUACUGGAGUGUGGAACAGUGGAAAAACAAUGUGGUGGAAGGGGAAAAGCUUUGUGUAAGGGCUGAAAAGGGAAGGUACUUCAGUUAUCACUGUUGCUACCACCAGGUUUCUGCAGUGGCCAGCAACACGUGUCGUGAAUGGAGCAUGGAGCAGUAUAGUUGCAUUUAUUGUAAAUAAAUACAUAUUUUCUUUUUUGUGAAUAUCUUCCUCAUCUAUAUUACAUAUAUAGAAGACAGAGCAAUUAUUCUGUGGGAAUUAUUCUGUUUAAUUGAGGGCAGGGUGUGGGGGGUGUUGGUCAUGUGUGACGUACACAUGGGGAGGGUAUUUCAAAGAGGCCUUUUCCUUGUGUUUUGUCUUCAUAGCUGUUUGUCUUCAAAACUGUUUGAAUCAAAUGGCUAAACAGCACUUGUCAGCCAGUUGUGAAAAGGAAUGCUUUCUCUAAAGUAUUUAACUUUGAAUCCUCCAAAAAUUCUGGUCUUUUUUUUUUUAAUCUUUCGGUAAUGUGCCUUCAUUGUUCAUAUCUGUGAAGAUGUUUCAUGCUGCACGUGCAUGUUGUGUCAUGCAAGUUUUUGAUGGCUCUAAAAAAUACGGUUGCCUUUUCAAUUGCAUGGGAAAAAUGUGCAGAGCCACUAAGCUGCAAUUUUCAACAGGAGGUUUUUGUUGUACAGGGAGGAAAAAAGGCCAGGAGACAGUGCUGAAAAUCAAGAGACUGUUUUUAUUCUUAAACCUGUGAACACUGGCCUUUUGAGCAAAGUAACCUCUAAUAAAUCUUUUUCUCUAGAUUACUUCUGGUUCUAUGAAGAAUGACUUCUACAAAAUAGUGUCUAAAAAGUUCCACUCUUUGUUCCCCUUCUAUUUUAAAACAGUUUUAGUCCUGUGUGUUUUUUAAAAUGUUGGAAUAUAUUAUAUGUAUUUCUUGUUGCAAAAUAGCUGGCUCUAACACCACUUGCAUCUAGAAGAAAAUGUGUCUAUUUGCAGGCAAAUGACUAGUUCUACUUUGACUGUGAUGUACUCCCAGCAGAUAUCUGAGAGUGAGUUAUGACUACAUCUUCUCUUGUCAGGUUGUAUGCUGGUCAACAAUGCUGGCACUUUGCAUUGGAUUCAUAUAGAAACCCCUAGUAGUAUUUUACCACACAUCACAUUUGUGUUCCUGUUACUAUUAAAAAAAUGUCGCAGGAGUCAAUAAACACUGGGUCAUGUUAAACA